GAAAAGAUGCGAAGGCUUAUGUGCUGUCGACACCCCUAUAACAUGAUGUGAACACCCCUAUAACAUGAUGUGAACACCCCUAUAACAUGAUGUGAACUUAAAACAGGACACCCUAUAACAUGAUGUGAACUUAAAACAGGACACCCCUAUAACAUGAUGUGAACACCCCUAUAACAUGAUUUGAACACCCCUAUAACAUGAUGUGAACACCCCUAUAACAUGAUGUGAACUAAUAACAGGACAACCCUAUAACAUGAUGUGAACUAAUAACAGGACACCCCUAUAACAUGAUGUGAACUUAAAACAGGACACCCCUAUAACAUGAUGUGAACUUAAGACAGUGUUGCUGUAAUUCACGCAUCUACUGUGUAAAUCGACAUAGGUUUGCAUUGUUACAGGCGUUUUUUUUUCAAGCCCCAAAGCAACAGGGCAGAUAUGCAACAGGUAACACUGUAACGCUGGUGCUUUUGAUACAUCGAGAGGAUAUCAGCCGCUUUCUAGGAAAACAGGGCUUAACUCAUAUGCGUAAAGUGUCGUCCAAAGUUAGCUUGUGCUUAUCAGGGACGACACCCUCCGCCUAAACUGUUGUUUUUUUUUGUUUAGAAGAGACUUACUUGAAACGAAAACUUUCAUAAAAGUGGAAAGUGUCGUCGCUGAUUAGUCUGUCCGGACGGCACAUGCUACUCUGGCGCAACACUUUACGCACAUACGUUUCCCGGGGCACGGCUCUAUAAUGAAUAAGUGUUUGUGCAGAUUGGUGUGGUGCAGGCACCCGGGCAACAUGACGGAGAUGGAACUGAUCACGGUGGCUUUGGAAGACCUGCUGAACAACUAUGAUAAGCGGAUACGACCUGGAUACGGCGGCGACCCAGUGGAAGUGCAGCUCAAUAUCAACAUCCGGUCCCUCGGGCCCAUCUCGGAAAAGGACAUGUCUUUCACAAUGGACUGCUACUUCCGGCAGGUGUGGGUGGACAAGCGUUUGGCGAUGCUGAACAAUCACACGCACGCCAACUACACAGGCUUCAUCCAGUUGAGCAUCAAGAUCCUGGAGCGGAUCUGGUACCCGGACACCGUGUUCUACAACGGAAUGAAGUCGUACCUGCACACCAUCACCACGCCUAACCGCUUUAUUCGCAUCUUCAGAAAUGGACAAAUCCUGUUCUCGCAGAGAUUGACUGUUCGCGCCAUGUGUAAAAUGGAACUCCGCAAAUACCCACUUGAUGAACAGAACUGUCCCCUGCACAUAGGAAGCUUCGCCUACUCGACGCAGGACGUCACGUACUUCUGGCGGCCUGAGACUCCUGUCGAGAUGCCCAAGGAUAUGCGCCUGUCACAGUUCGACAUGCUCGGGACGCCCUUCAACUACACGUCUGUCGACUAUUUCAAAGGAGCAUGGCACACCGUCCUAUCGGUUGACUUUCGGUUGAGUCGCCACCUUGGUUACUUCCUUAUCAACGUGUAUGUGCCCUGCUGCCUGUUGGUCAUACUCUCAUGGGUCGCCUUCUGGAUCAAUCGGGAGGCCACCGCAGACCGGAUCGCUCUGGGGACCAUGACCGUUCUGACCAUGACCUUCCUGGGUCUAGAGAGUCGCAGUGACCUACCGCGCGUCUCCUACACGACGGCGCUGGACAUCUACAUCGCUAUGGCGUUCGUCUUCGUCCUGGCGACGAUGGUUCAGUUUGCUGCGGUGCACAACUUUACGAAGCACGGCUACGGCGAACCUAUGCCACCGCCUCCCGGGGGUCACACGACUGAGGAGGAGGAGGAUGAGAACAAUGAGCGAGAGAAACUGGUACCAACAUUACAUAGCAGACGGACUGGAACAAGAACCGCGCGCCUGAAGCGGCAGCACGCGAUAAGUCGCGCGAGCCGUCACAGCGCCACCAACGGGGCAGGAAACAGCAAUGGCGGACAUCAUUUCUCGAGAGUGUCCAUGAAGAGGGCGGCUUCGAAGGUGUGGCGACGUUUGACGCGCUUGUCGCGAAAAAAGGACGAACAAGAAACAAACAGUGUUAGCAACAUUGAUCGCGUGUCCAGGAUUAUGUUCCCGCUUGUAUUCUUAAUAUUCAACGUGAUCUAUUGCUUGGUGUAUUAUUCUCUUUAAGUUUAUCGAUAAUGUAUCCGUUAUUCUAGCAAGCAAAACGAUUAACGGUAACGAUUAUUGCUUUUUAAGUACCGUUUAAAUUAAAUAAAUAUUUAAGCUAGCCUUUUCAAAAAGCCUGUAAUAUUGACACCUGUAAUGAUGCAAAGACAAUCACUUAUAGCGUCGUGUUUUCUGAAUUACGCUCAUACCUGUGGCUGUCAAAGCAGCACAAACAAAAAAGGCAUAAAACCAG